AUGCCACGUAAGCUACGUAAGAAUAUACGUAAGAGGAAGGGAGCAUUGAAACAUCCAAUAGUAAAACUGACACCACAACAACAGUUGCAACAACAAAUGAUGAAUGACCCCACUAUGUUGCAACAAAUGUCAAGCAACCCUAUGCUUUUAAACCGAGUUAUUGGUGCACAGAGUGGA